AUGGCAGGCGAUGAAGAGGAUGCAGCGCUACUAGCCCGCAUUGAGGCUCUUGCAGGCGCUAUCAACAGACACAAGAACGCUCAAAAUUCCCAGUCCCAGCCCUACGUCAAUCGCCAUGAGCACUCCCACCCUGGAUGGGCACCCUACCGAGGACGAGGACGUGGUGGCUACCGAGGUGGCUUCCGUGGCUAUCGAGGUGGCUAUCGAGGCGGUUUUCAGAACCCUCAUCGACAUAACACCCUAAUUUUGAACCACGCUACCCAUGGCAGUACCAACCCAACCCCAGUCCCUGUAUCCGGAGGUGAACAGCCGACUCCCGCGCAGACCUCUAACGGAUUUGUCGCCAAACAUGGUCGCCACAUGCAACUCAUCAAUACUUCUGUAUACGAUAAAGAGACAGCGGCUAGAACCAAAGCUAUCGAAGCGACUCGUCAACUUCGGGAACGCAAACGUUCUGAGCGGGAAGAAUCAAAAGUCAUCAAUUACGCGCAUGCCGGCGUGGCCGUGUCUCCUGCUUCGCAGCAGAUCCUAAUCAACGAUGUUCCAUUUACGGUCACACAAGGAGGGAGCAAGCUCCUUCGAACUUCCAGCGACGCGAACAAAACACCCAAGAGCGUCAACGUCGCAGGCGUAACUUUUGUGCGAAGCAAGAAGGGAAAUUUGCAUCGUCUUGGAGCCGUCAAGAACAAGCCCGCCUCCACCAAGAAGCGCAAUGAACUUUGCAAACGAUUUACACAGACCGGCUCAUGUGAAAAAGGACCGACUUGUCCCUACAUCCACGAUCCUAACAAGGUCGCCAUUUGCAAGGCCUUCCUCCAGACAGGUGAAUGCAAAGCAGGUCUUAGCUGUGAUCUCUCACACGAACCUUCACCCCACCGCUCCCCUGCCUGCCUGCACUUUAUUAGAGGCCGUUGUGCAAACCCAGCCUGUCGCUAUUCCCAUGUCCGUGUGACACCCGGCUCUCCCGUUUGCCGUGCUUUCGCAACCAUUGGAUAUUGUGAUAAAGGGUCCGAGUGUCAAGAGAGUCACGUUCACGAGUGUCCAGAUUAUGCCAACAAUGGCGUCUGCCACAAGCGUCGUUGCAAGCUUCCCCAUGUUGACCGCGCUGGUCAGAUCCGUAAAGCUGCAGCGGCUGCAGCUAACAAGGCUCUUAAUGAGCAUAAUGAUUCUGACCCUUCUAGCGAGGAGGAGGACUAUGAUGAGAUUGACUCUGACGAUGUCGAAUCUGACUCUGAUGAUGAGAUGGAGGAGAUUCUCACCGGAGUUGAUACCGGUGAGAUAUCGGGCCAGCAAGAUUUCAUUCGACUUUAG